AUGGGCACAGGUCUCGACUACCAAACACUUGGAAAUUUGGAUCGUAACAUUUUUGUCAAAGGGAAGAAAGGUGGUAGCAGUCCCAAAACCCAAGCUGGGGGUCCAUUGCCAAAGCUAAAGGAAGAAGAACAUGAUGCUGGAAUGGGAGGCGGUUCAGAAUACAAAACACUUGGAAAUUUAGACAAGAACAUCUUUGCGAAAAACGAGAAAAAGGCAAAGCCUCUCCCAAAGCCGAAAACAAAGGACGAAAGAGAUGAUCAACAAGGAAUUGGAGAAGGGGCUGACUAUCAAACUCUGCAAAAUCUCGAUAAAAAUAUAUUCGUCAAAAGCGAAAUUAAAACAGAUGAGAGCGAAUACGAUAAGAAGGUUAAAAAGAAGACAAAGAAAAAGAUCGAAGAAGAAGAUGAUGAUGAAGGAACGAAGAGUGAACAUGACAGGAAAACGAAGAAAAAGGCUCCCGUGAAGAAGACAAAGCCUCAACAAAAGCCUAAAACAAAAGAUGAGAGGGAAGAUCAGCAAGGCCUAGGUGAAGGAGAAGAUUACCAAACACUGCAAAAUCUCGACAAAAAUAUAUUCGACAAAAAAGGCAAACAAAAAGAGGAGACCGAGGAGGGGACGACAAGUGAACAUGAGAUCAAGAAGACGAAGAAAAAGAAGAAAGUGAAAAGUGAUGAGGACGUGAAGGGGAAGAAAAAUAAAAAAGGGCCAACUAAAGAAACUAAAAAAGCGGUAAAGAAGAAGCCAGUGUCGGAGACGAGUCUUUCAAGAUCAGAAGUUAGUCCAGAUACAAAGAAAACCAAAAUUAGUGGCAAAGUCAAAUCACGUCAUAAUAAGACUUAUUCUUUGCAUGGUCUAAGCGAGUUGGAAUUAGAUCCGGAUUUGGAAGAUGAAGAAUAA